UCUACCCCGGGAAGGAUCCGUAUGAGAAGAAUGCUAGCUAGCUAGAAUGUUGCAAUUCUUUUUUCAAGCAAUAUUAUAUUUUUUCUAUAUAAUAAUAUAUUCGAUUUUUAUCACUACAUCAGCUCUAGAGGACCUUGUAGAAUAGUACAUAUUUGCAUUCAUAAUCUGAAAUAAGAAGGCCUUCUACAACUGGAACGACUGAGUCACCUUGAUUGAACCAACGAGCAUUCGCCGGCUAACAACACGCUAGCUACCUAGGCUAUCUGUUUAUUGUAUGUAGCCAUUCGCAAUAUUUACGACUACUUGAUAAAAAAAUUAUUUCCCUCAGACUUUUUGUAACGUUAGUGACUGGCGUUUUGAAAUGGGUGUAGUUCUACGGAAUCUCCAGAACGUGGUGCCGCUGCGACGCGCGAGGCUACGGAAGGACGUGGAGACGUUGAGGCACAUAUUGGGCAUCCAAAAAUUUGAUUUGGGAGUCAUUUGCGUGGACAACCGCAAGAUUCAACGGAUCAAUAACAUUUAUAGGAAAAAGAAUAUGCCCACGGAUGUCCUCUCAUUUCCAUUCUAUGAGGAACUGAGGCCUGGGAAGCUGCCUUGCCCCCUUUACAGAGAUGAACUGAACCUUGGAGACAUUUUCUUGGGGGUUGAAUACCUGAUGAAACAGUGCCAGCAGGAGUCUCAGGAUCUUCAUGGAACUCUCACAUCAGUCACUGCUCAUGGAAUCUGUCACUUGUUGGGUUACAGACAUGAAACUGAGGAGGAGUGGAAAGAGAUGCUGCAGAAGGAAAGCUACAUUCUUAAUGAGUUCAACAGAUUCACUGGCAGACAGCUGGUGCCUCUGACCAAGAAAUGUAGCCAAGACGAGUGACCACCAAGAAGAACCACCUGCAAUGGAAGGACUUUGAAAUGAAUGGACUUAGCAUUGAAUGGAUUUGGAAACUUGCAUAGAGGACUCCUUGACCAUGAAUGAACUGCCUCUUUCCAAGUGAUAGCCACAGACCAUGUCAGCCUUCUUGUGAUUGUUGAUGAGCUUUUACCUAUGGAACU